GCUCAUGACAGAAUCUCCAACCAACUCACCGGCGCCAACCCCCAGCAUCCAACAAGGACUGACGGCGAAUCCAACAUUUUCGUUAUCACCAACUCAUUAGAUACCCUGAUAUUGGCUGGCGCGCACGGUCCACGCCAAGCUUUAUUAACUCCCAGUGCUUUGAGGCUUAGUAACCCAAACGAGCAUAGGGAGAAUUUUCCAAUCCUUCUGAACACAUUUCAUCACGAUAUCACCCCCUCCCGCCCUAACAUCGUUGUCAACUUUAACCCGCCUCCUUCCCAUUCUUCGCUCUCCCCGUCCCCCUUCUCACCCAAAACUAGCGCAACCGCAAUCAUGGACUCUAUUCUCCAAUCCCUUGAAGGGCCCGUCUUCUCCGCAAUUCGUCCCUACAUAACCCCCUACACCUCCACCCUCCCAUCAUCCCUUCAAGAACCGCUCUCAAACCUCCUCACGCCGGUUUGCUACAACAACCUAAUUCGUGACUUCGAUCCAGCAUCAAAUCCACAAUGCGUGCAAUACGCCAUCUCCAAAGCAGUCGGCCUGGGCAUCGUCACGCUUUCAACGAUCAUUAAAGUCCCUCAAUUAAUAAAACUCCUCUCAUCACGGUCGUCCAAGGGCCUCUCCUUCCUCUCAUAUCUCCUCGAGACGACGGCGUUCCUCUGCACGCUAGCAUACAACUUCCGUUCCGGAAAUCCGUUCUCAACGUAUGGAGAGAUCGCCAUGAUAGCCGUACAGAACGUGCUCAUCUCGACACUCAUUCUGCAGUUCUCUGGGAAGGGCGGGUGGGGUGCUAUUUGGGUGGCAGUGCUAGCGGUGGCGGGGUAUGCCUUGUUCAAUGAGGGGAUCGUGAGUCCGGACGUCAUGGUGUAUCUUCAAGCUGCCACGAUCCCGUUGGGGCUGGCCAGUAAGGUGCCACAAAUUGUCGAGGUUGCGAGGCAGAAGAGUACCGGGCAGUUGUCUGCUUUCGCCGUAUGUUCUUCCCUACAUGUGACUUGUUGAGCGGAUUUCAAACUGAUAAACGGAAAUCACAGGUCUUCAACUACCUCUUUGGAUCUCUCGCUAGAGUAUUCACCACACUCUCGGAGGUCAACGACCCUCUCAUCCUCUGGGGAUUCCUUGGCGGCGCCGCUCUCAACGCAGUCCUCGCUGCACAGAUGAUGUACUACUGGAACUCCGGUAAGAAGGGUGGAAAGAGCCCGAAUACUCCCAGCAAGAAGUUCUAUGCUGGUGGGAAGAGCCCGAAGCCCAAGGGUGGCCCCAAGAAGCGGUCAUAGAUCUUGUUCACGUUUAUAUCAUACUCUUUUCUUUUUAGGGAACUCUUAGGGAAUCUACAAGUAGCAGGAGGGUAAAGGGGAGGUUCCCCUGUUUUUUUGGUUAUUUCACUGUUCCUUUUUCCCUUUUUUUUUUUAAUUCCUUUACCUUGACGCUUCGCAAUUCGCCGCGACAAACGUACCGUAGUGGGCUUAGAGCUUUGGUACCUCUGGUUUUAAAUUGUUGAUGAGUUGGGCCUUCCUGAUACAGUGUGAAAGAGUCUGUGGUCAAGCCUUCAUAAGCCUGGUUGUCUCAACUGUGCGCGUUAAGCUAGGGAGAUGAUAUGUUUCAAGGGCUGCGAGACGGGCUGCGAACACGUACGCAUUAUCCUAGCACAGCACUGUACGGUACUCGUACAAGUAAUAACCCGGUGGGGGAUUGUCACC